AUGGCUAGUGUAGGAGGAUGGAGCAGAGAGGAGGAGAAGGCGUUCGAGACUGCAAUUGCGAUGCACUGGGCAACUGACGACUCAAAAGACCGAUGGGAGAAGAUUGCUUCCAUGGUUCCAAGUAAGACUGUAGAUGAACUGAAGAAACACUACAAAGUUUUGGUCGAGGAUGUAGAUGCAAUUGAGUCAGGCCAAAUCCCGAUUCCCACUUACGUCAAGGAGGAGGCUGCCAACAGCAAAGAUCAGCACCUCUUUCCUGCUUUUGCUUCUAGGGCUGCUGAUAAGAGGUUGAACUGUAAUUUUGGAAUUGGGUUUUCUGGGUUGGGCACUGAUUCAGGCGAGGUUGGCAUCAGACUUAACUCAGGCGGGGUUAAAUAG